UCUGUUACUACACUCGCCCCUGACCCUUCCUUCACUACAGGUGUUCUGUACUGUGCUCAGUGUCUGUGUUACCUUCGCCACUCCACCAUGCUCUUGCGGGCCAUCGCUAUUACACUUGUGUUGGCAGCCCUGGAGGUGACGGCGUUCCCAUGGGCAGAUCCCGCCAAAUUGCGCAGAAUCCCGCGCAUUUACAACGCCCUGAUCACAAGCGAUGAGCAGCUCCUACCCAGCCAGGCCUACCCUGCUGUUGCGCCUGUGUUGCGUCCUGCGCCCCUCGCACCCUACCCAUACUCCUACCCCUACGGAGCUCCAUAUACCGUCUACGCCCCGGACCCCUACGGUCUUCAGGCGUACAGUAGACUCCCUGGGUUCAACGACACUCUCCAGGACCCUGAGGCACCUGCGGCUCCUGCCCAGAACCCUCAGUUGUUCAGCCUACAGCCCCAACAGACGAUACCUCAGGUGACCGACCAGGUGAAGAACAACCGCCCCGGCAACCCCGACAUUCCCGACGUUCCACCACCUCCCCUCCCCGUCAGUCCUCCUAGGUCCCCGGACGACAAGUCACCGGAGAGGAAGCCGGGGGAGUAUCCCCCAGCCCCGUCCCAGGGUCUUCCCUUCCUGUGAAGACAACCAACGUACCACAGGAGUACAUACUUAGCCAAGGGAGAGCUGCCAAGAAGUUCAUUAGGUUUAGUGUCAAUAUUUGAAACCCGAUCUCUUGACAAAGUUGUUACAAUCUUAACUUUUAAAUAUUAUUCUACCUGUAAUGUAUCAUAUUCUUGUACUAUCCAUCGUGCGUUGCGUGUUUCUAGUAGAUUUGAGUGUUUACUUAUUGAUAUUCGUUCGUAGAGGUUCUAAACAUGUACAGGUUAAUAGUUUAAGAAUUUGAUACCAUAGUAAGUAGACAAUAUUUAAUACAGUAAUAACAUUUAAAGGUGUCAAGGCUACGUAUGUUAAAAUUUUGGUAGAAUUUCAGAAGUUUUUUUUUAACAGUUUUAAACAAUCUUUUUGUCUCAGAAAAUGGAUUUUCUGAUUGCUUGAAGAUUAGAAUUCUUCACAUUGAGAGUUGGUUAAAGUAUUUAUCAGCACUAUUUGUUGAUUCGUAAAAUAAAAGGUUAUCAUACCGCUAAGAAAGAUAAACUUUUUACAAUGAGUUUUGUGGCUCCUCAUUAUUGCCAAUUAUUUUAACUAAUUAUAAUUUGCACAAGCGUUGCUAGCAUUUUAUGUAGUGAAAGGUUUGUCGAUUUUUAGCCAGUGUUAAAAAUUAACCAUUGGUGAUUAAAACUUACGUUGAAGCCAAUAACGUAUACAAAUAUGCUGUAACAAUAGUUACAGUACGUACGAUCUCACAAUGAGUUGCAGUUAACAAUUAAUUAGUCUUACGAAUCUUAUGAUUAAUAAUUGAGUCUUAGGAUAUUGUUAUUCGAACAGUAGGCUUAGUUAUUGUUUUUUAUUUAGCUGUUAAAGAAAGUAUUUUAUUAAACUCAUGAGUUUACUUAGUUCUUUUUUGUGUAUUAAUAAUUUGGAUAAAUAAGUUCAUUAUUUAGUUAUAGUACGGUAUACUUAGAGCUAACAAAAUUCAAUGACUGUAUUUUAUUGCAUUUGUGCCAUAAAGUUAGUAAAAUAUGUAUUUAUUAA